AUGCCAAAUCGUAACGACGUCGUAAAUUUCGCAGCAGGUCCAUCGACGCUGCCAACCGUAGUGCUUGAGAAAGCUGCUCAAGGUCUUCUCAACUACAAUGGCCUCGGUAUGGGCGUUGCUGAGAUUUCUCACCGCUCAAAGGAAUUCAAAGCAGUUAGCGAGAAGACUGUGAGCGAUUUCAAGACCCUAAUGGAUGUCCCAGAUACGCAUGAGGUUCUUCUUAUGCAGGGUGGCGGUAUGGGUGCCUUCUCCACCGUUGUACUCAAUUUGCUCGCUGCCUGGAAACUGCAGAACCCUGAAUCGAACGCUAAGACUACGUUAGAUUACAUCGUCACAGGCAGCUGGUCUAAUAAAGCGGCAGGCGAAGCUAAGAGAUUGACUCAAGGUACCGAUGUCUCCGUCAAUGUCGCUUUGGACGCACGCAAUCACAGCCAAGACGGCAAAUCAUUCUCCAAUAUCCCACCAGCUAACGAAUGGAAGUACUCAGAGAACCCAGCCUUUGUCUAUUACUGCGAUAAUGAAACGGUCAACGGAGUAGAGUUUGAUAAGAGCUUCCCAUAUGAUUCACUCCCACCAAACACAAAUCUCGUUGCGGAUGUUUCGUCAAACAUACUCUCUCGCAAGAUUGACGUGAGCAAGCAUGCUGUUGUUUACGGUGGUGCACAGAAGAAUGCGGGUAUCGCUGGUCUUACACUGGUGAUUGUCCGCAAGGAUCUCCUCGUAGACACAGACGCAGCUUUCAAUCUCGGCGGUAUCCCUCAAGUCCCACACCUGUGUGACUACAAACGUCACGCGGACAAUGAGAGUAUGUACAAUACACCACCUAUGUUCGCAAUCUACGUUUCAGGACUCACAUUUGAGCAUAUUUUGAACCACGGAGGCGUUGAUGAAUACUCAAAGCGCAGUGACAGAAAGAGUAGUAAACUCUAUCAAGUGAUUGACAACUCCAACGGGUUGUACAAACCAAAGGUAUCACCAGAAAGCAGGAGUCGAAUGAACGUUGUGUUUACUCUUCCAGAUGAGGAGACGGAGAAGAGAUACCUUAAUGAAGCUGACAAGUUGGGAUUGAAGAACCUCAAAGGACACAGAUCCGUUGGAGGAAUCAGAGCAUCGUUGUACAACGGCAUAACGGAAGAAGACGCAGAUAAGCUUAUAGAGAUGAUGAAGUCGUUCAAGUAG